CCUUACUGUCAAGCACUUUGGCAUUACUGCGUCGGAAAUUUAAAAUAAAAAAAAUUGUAAAACUCUCUCUCUCCCUCUCUCUCGUGAGAUUUUAGGGUUUUUCUUUCUCUUUCUGAAUCCAGAACCCAUCGAUUCAGAUUCUUACACUGUUCUUCUCCUCUCCAGUUUUAUCGUUCUCACCGGGUCAACUCGUUCUUUCAAGAUAUACUGUUAAAAGCUCCAAACUUUGACCGCUUUUUUCGAGUUGAUUUAAUCAUCAUUUUUCGAUUAAUUCAACUACCCGAUCACAGGAUCAUUCUUAGUUAAACAAAUCAAAUCUUGAUUCCGCCUAGCUUUUCAGCUUAUUAUUUUAAUAAUUGAGUGAGAUUCAAAGUUCAGAGCUUUUUGAUCUUUCGGAAUUGAGUUUAAGUUAGAGAAUUUGGGGAAUUGUAAUGGGGGAUUCCGUUAAUGAUAAUGGCGACGAUAAAGAUCGGAUUCAGAAUUUGUUAGCUGCAAGGAAGUCAUUGAAGCUAAGCUUGGAGAAGUCUAAAGCCUUGGGGUCUGCUCUUCAGAAAGCAGGGCCUAGAUUGGAUGAAAUUAACCAGAGAUUGCCUUCUUUAGAGGCGGCUGUGCGCCCUAUUCGUGCCGACAAGGACGCCCUUGCUGCUGUUGGGGGCCACAUUAACCGUGCUGUGGGUCCUGCUGCUGCGGUGCUUAAGGUUUUUGAUGCAGUUCAUGGGCUAGAAAAGUCUCUUUUAUCAGAUCCAAAAAAUGAUCUUCCCGGGUAUCUUUCUGUUUUGAAGCGCCUUGAGGAGGCAUUGAGGUUUUUAGGGGAUAAUUGUGGAUUGGCAAUUCAGUGGUUGGAGGAUAUAGUUGAGUACUUGGAGGACAAUUCUGUGGCAGAUGAACGGUAUCUUUUGAAUUUGAAGAAGUCAUUGAAGAGUCUUAGGGAAUUUCAAAAUGAUGAUCGAAAGGCUCACCUUGACGGUGGACUUCUAGAUGCUGCAUUAGACAAAUUGGAAGGUGAAUUUAGGCGUCUCUUGACAGAACACAGUGUACCACUUCCAAUGUCAUCACCUUCAUCCUUGGGUCAACAGGCCGUGAUUGCACCAUCGCCAUUACCUGUAACUGUUAUUCAGAAGUUGCAAGCCAUUCUUGGGAGGUUGAUUGCUAAUAAUAGACUUGAAAAGUGCAUAUCAAUCUAUGUUGAAGUACGUGGUUCAAAUGUUAGAGCUAGUCUGCAGGCCCUUGAUUUGGAUUAUCUUGAAAUAUCAAUAGCUGAAUUCAAUGAUGUGCAGAGCAUAGAGGGCUACAUAGCACAGUGGGGCAGGCAUCUGGAGUUUGCUGUAAAGCAUUUGUUUGAGGCAGAGUACAAGUUGUGUAAUGAUGUCUUUGAGAGGAUUGGAUUGGAUGUUUGGAUGGGAUGUUUUGCAAAGAUUGCUGCUCAAGCAGGUAUUCUGGCAUUUCUUCAAUUUGGGAAGACCGUCACAGAUAGUAAAAAAGACCCAAUCAAGCUUUUGAAGUUGUUGGAUAUAUUUGCAUCUUUGAACAAGUUAAGGCUGGAUUUUAACAGACUUUUUGGUGGAGCAGCUUGUAUUGAGAUCCAAAACCUUACGAGGGAUCUAAUUAAGAGGGUGGUUGAUGGGGCAGCCGAGAUUUUCUGGGAACUUCUGGUUCAGGUUGAGUUGCAGAGGCAGAUUCCCCCUCCCACAGAUGGUGGUGUUCCAAUACUAGUAAGCUUUAUCACUGAUUAUUGUAAUAAGCUGCUUGGGGAUGACUACAAACCUAUUCUGGCUCAGGUUCUGAUAAUUCACCGAAGUUGGAAGCAUGAAAGGUUUCAGGAGAGGCUUCUUAUUACGGAGUUGCUGAACAUAAUGAAAGCCAUUGAGCUCAAUUUGGAGACUUGGACAAAGGCUUAUGAAGAUAGCAUACUAUCAAACCUUUUUGCUAUGAACAACCACUAUCAUUUGUACAAGCAUUUAAAAGGAACAAAACUGGGGGAUCUCUUAGGGGAUUCUUGGUUAAGAGAACAUGAACAGUACAAAGACUAUUAUGCUACAAUCUUCUUAAGGGACAGUUGGGGCAAGCUUCCAGGUAAUUUAAGUAGGGAAGGUCUUAUUCUUUUCUCAGGUGGGCGCGCAACUGCUCGUGAUCUUGUCAAGAAAAGGCUGAAAACUUUCAAUGAAGCGUUUGAUGAAAUGUACAAGAAACAGUCAAACUGGAUUGUGCCAGAGAGAGACCUCAGGGAGAAGACGUGUCAGUUGAUAGUGCAGGCAGUGGUGCCUGUUUAUCGAAGUUAUAUGCAGAACUAUGGGCCCUUAGUUGAGCAGGAUGGAAGCUCCGGUAAAUAUGCAAAAUACUCUGUGCAGACUUUGGAGCAAAUGCUGUCCUCGCUUUUUCAACCAAGGCCAGGAAGAUAUGGAAGUUUCAAAGGCAGGCAGCCCAAUGACAAAUUCAACGAUGGGGUACCAGAUCUGCGUCGUACAGCAUCUGCAGUUGUUUGAUAGUCCAACUGCCAUCCCUUAUGAUGGUUCAGCUAGAAGGAAACUACACUCAAACAUCCGCCUAUAUUGAUAAGGGGUCAAUUCUUGUUGUGUACAUAUCAGUAUCCUUAUGGGCCUAGAACUGUGUCGUUGAAUCUUCCUUUUAGGAAAGGAAAUUCCUCUUGCCAGCUCUUUCAGUCAAAUGCCUGAGGAGAAAUUUCUUAAGCUGUUUAAAAUCGACACAAACUAUUGUAUUCCUUGGAGGAUUCUGCAAAUUGAUGGUAUCCCGUGAAAGCAUAUAUGUGCCUUGCCAAAAAUCGUAGAUAAUACUGAGGUAUAGCUAAUCAUUUUUACUGAUUCAUUAAGUUAUUAAAAAGCAGGCUGUAAAAACUCUGUGUGCUAGAUUUCAUGUACCAUUCUUUGAUAUGAAGAGCAAUUAGAGGUCUAGCUGGGAUGGUAGUAAGUGUGUGUGGGGGUCCUUAAUGGAUAUUUAUCCUAUGCCAUUGUCGCAAUUGUACUACAGCCCUUGAGUCUGCUAGAAGGUGGAAAAGCACACCGUAGGCAAUAAAUUAUAUGGUCAUUCAUGUAGUUUUCAUUUGACGUAAUAGAAUUCUUCAUUGUUUAUAUUAUA